GCUGCUUUUUACGACUGUGUGCUUAUACUUUCCGUUACUAUAACCUGCUGGUUGUAACCGCGUAGGAAAACAAAGCGGAUCUGUAAACUGUUCAAGUUCGGGCGAUCGUUUAGAGAUUUCGACUCAUCGAUCGAUAUCGCAGACUGUACCAAAUUGAGAGCAAGAAUUGUCCCUCUUCAAAAAGUACAAGGCGUACUUCCUGUGGUGAAACUGCUUCGAACUGGUAUAGGCCCAACAGCGAGCUCCAUCAAAGUUUGUUGUUGUCACGUGACGUAAGCCGAAUGUGGCGAUAAAAGUUAGUUUAGAGCGUUAAACUAGCUCCGUGUGCUACAUAGUUGAAACGUAACGCCGUCUCCGCCGCAAUGCCGCAGCCAAAGUACCGGAAGAUUGCUGUGAUCGGUUACAGAUCUGUAGGAAAGUCAUCUCUCACAAUACAAUUUGUGGAAGGACAGUUUGUCGACUCCUAUGACCCCACAAUUGAAAACACCUUCAAUAAAAUGGUCAGCGUCAAUUGUCAAGACUUCAAUCUUCAGCUGGUUGACACUGCUGGACAAGAUGAAUACUCAAUUUUUCCCCAGUCCCACUCAAUGGACAUCCACGGCUAUGUCCUUGUUUAUUCUGUGACAUCCAUGAAAAGUUUUGAGGUCGUUCAGGUUCUCCACGACAAGCUGCUAGAUAUGGUUGGAAAGAUUCAGGUUCCAACCGUUCUUGUGGGGAACAAAAAAGAUCUCCACAUGGAAAGGGUCAUAAAGCCAGAGGAGGGAAAGAAGCUCGCUGAUUCCUGGGGUGCUGCUUUCAUGGAAUCCUCAGCCAAGGAGAACGAGACCGCCGUGGAGGUUUUCAAGCGAAUCAUACUGGAGAUGGAGAAAGCCGACGGGAAUGCCCCGCAGCAAGAGAAAAAGUGUGCCGUGAUGUAAGAGUGCAUUGAGGACAUGGUCAAAGUCACCUGCUGAAGCCAGGAGGCGCACAGCUCCACCAGCAUACCAACGACGACGACCUCACCAACAAGCCCCCCCCCCCCACCUCCUCCCGGCAGUGCUGCCAUCUUCAAUUCACAUUAAACUAUUCCACCAAAAGAAGCUCAGGCAGAGAAGCACCUUCAUUAGACAUUUGCUUGAAAUAGUAAUGUUCUCGAGUGGGUUUCAUUUUAACUCCGAUCCUAAUUAGCCGCGUACAAAAUUCCCUUGUAAUGAUAAUUAUUUGUGAAUGCCUGAUGACAUUGGUUUGUGUUAUUUAGGAGUGGUUGGUGUCUCGUGCCGGCGGCUUGACAAUUUUGGAGCCCCAGUUUUUGUUUUUGCUGUAAAUGUGCUGGUUGAUCAUGUCACAGUGGCGGGCGGACUGCCUUGGAUGCUCUUAUUACGAGCUUUUACAAAACACUCUUUCCACACUUGUUUCCAGUGUAAUGUUUAUCAGUUUUCUUUCAAGCUAUUUAUACAUACAGCCUACUCUCCUGUGAACUUUUCUGCUGAGCAGAUUAGUCUGCUGCCCUACAGUUUUUUUCUCAUUUUUCCCAUCACCAGUUACAAAGCUGUUAAUGGAACCCUCAGAUCAAUUUAGUAUAGGUUGGAAAAAUAUCUUAGCUUUUUGCUACAUAUGGCUUUUAGUCAAAUCUAAAUAGAAUGGGUUUUGCCGUUUUUCUUUUUGUUUCUUUUUGUUUUUUUGGAGUGAUACAGGCUUUUGCGUGCCCCGUUAGUUUAGAGCAGUUCAUAGAGGUAAUUUAUCACAAGUCAUUUGGACAUCUUUGUAAAAUACAAUGGGAUGAGUUGGCUUUAUUGUUUAUGAACUUGUCAUGAUUUCAAGGUUUAAUGAACCUGUGUUAUGCAUGUGAUUUAAUCUAAACUCUGGAUUGAAUAAUCACUGUCAAGACACUUGAGAUGCAAUGUUUGCAUUUAGUUUUUCUUGGAUCUUGUUGCCUUAAAAUACACUUGUAUGUGGACUAUCAUCACAUUACAUAUUCAACUUUUUCCUCAUACAGUUUGUAAUAUCUUUUCUUUUUUAUCAAGUGCUUGGUGGAAUAAGUAGUCCUGUAAUGGACAGAGGCUGGCUGGUCAAUGCUGUCUUGUGCCUUACACAUUUUCAAAACUCCCACAUAUGGUUCCCUUCAUGACCAAAGGUGCUCUUACAGGGUUUCUUCAUCUGUUAACUUGAUCUCAUGGGUGUUGACAGUGGUGAUGAUGGUGUACACAACUUGGACGCCAACAUGCCGAUGACGGUCAGCGUUCAUGCAAAAAAAUCUUGCUGUAAACAGUUUGUAUAUAAAAUCUGUUACUCAUUUGA